AUGAAGGAAGCCGGCACCCAGGACGGCAGCAGACAGGACGGUGAUUCUUCCGAUUCCUCCGCUGUCGCGGAGAAGCUGCAGACGGUCUUUGCAUCGGUCCUGAGCAGCAGUAGCGGCAGCCAGCGUGGCACGCAUGCUGAAGCUUCCGACAAGCAGAAGCAGAAGAAGGAUUCCGGAUCCAGCUCUGGAUCAGUUGACGUGCCGAAGGGGCCUUGCCUCAGCGCGAGCAACCCAAGCUCAGCUGAUAUCUCCGAGGAACAGGGUUCGGCGGGCUCUGACACGUCCGGUGACAACGUUAGAGCCAAAAGAAACGGUUAUCCUGGGCCGUUGUCUGAUUCGUCGUCGCCUUCAACAAUCGGACACAAGUUGGGACCGGAUGGCAAGUGCAAUCCCUGUGUCUUCAACCUGUCCAAGCGUGGAUGUCGCCAAGGGGCUGACUGUGAGUACUGCCAUGCGCACAUGGCGACGGAGGCUCGGAUACCACACCGGCCCCGGAAAGAAACCCGGCUAAAGGCCAAGCGCAACCUGGACCAAGCUCUGGCACAGAACCAGGCUCGUCCAGAGAUGAUGCAGGACCAGCUUCAGAAGCUGGCAGCUACGCUGCACAAGAGCAGUUUGCGGGCGUAG